ACAUCUGGAGAAAGGAGACAUCAUGUUCUACCAAGAAGACCUGGAGCGCUGUGGUCUUGAUGUCACUGAGGCCUUGGUGCACUCAGGAGUUUGUACACAGAUCUUCAAAAGAGAGAGUGUGAUCUUCAAGCAAACAGUCUACUGCUUUGUUCAUCUGAGCAUUCAGGAGUUCCUGGCUGCAGUCUACAUGCUGCACUGUUACACCAACAGGAACACAGAGGUACUGAAGGACUUCCUGCAGGGAGACUAUAGCAACAGGUAUAACAGUGAUCAGGAUUACCCAUCCCUGGAUGUCUUCCUGGAGGGAGCCAUGAAGAAAUCCCUCAGAAGUGAAAAUGGCCACUUGGACCUGUUUGUCCGCUUUCUCCACGGCCUCUCUUUGGAGUCCAACCAGAGACUGUUAGGAGGCCUGCUGGGUCGCACAGACAACCAUCCAGAAACCAUCCAGAGAGCCAUCAACAACCUGAAGGAGAUGCACAGUGAUGAAAUCUCUCUUGACAGGAGCAUCAACAUCUUCCACUGUCUGACAGAGAUGAAGGACCACUCAGUCCAUCAGGAGAUCACAGAUGCACUGAAGUCAGAGGACACAUCACAGAUCUACUUGUCUUCUCUGGCCUACAUGCUGCAGAUGUCAGAGGAGGUUCUGGAUGAGUUGGACCACGAGAAGUACGGAACAUCAGAGGAGGGACGACAGAGAGUGAUUCCAGAUUUGAUGAACUGCAGCGAGGCUGUAUUUCCUAACUGUGGAAUCUCAGACUCUGACUGUGAAGUCGUGGCCUCGCUCUGA